CGACAUCUGAAGUAAUUGUAGGAGUUUCAAUAUCAUAUGGGUUUUGUUUACGUUGCUUAGUUAUCAAGUGGGGGAGGCUGUUUGAGUGAUUUUGGGUCUUGACUGGAACUAAAUUAAUAACAAUCAAUAAAGAGUUCAACGCAUCCCUAUCAUGAGCUCUACCAAUCAACCGGAAGACACUUCUCCCACAGAGCCAUCAGACAAGUUCCCUAAUCGAAACAUAAAACAACGACUCAAUUUACAUGUGAAACGGCGCCUUCAAGAAAACCUCAAUGAACCAAUUCCCACUGCUCAUAAUCAAUCUGCUUUCACAUCUCACGUAAUUCCAACGACCACUUCUAAGCGUGGUGCCGCCUCGGAACGAGGAGCCACCUCCCAUUGCGGUCGAGGUGGCAAAAAGGCUCGCAAUACAAAGCAACAACUUACAACAAGUAGCUCCUUCACUUCUUCAUCAUGUCCUGACGAUGACUGCAGCCGCGAUGGAAGUUCCAGUUGUACAGAUUUAAGUCGUGACAAGGAUCAAAGUCCGGAUAUUUUGACGAUGGUUUUAAAUCAAAAGAAAUUGACUUUAUUCAAUGAUCCAGAAGUUAUGAAAUUUCUUGAUGGGAUUGUUGGAAUUAUCGGAAAGAAGUCGGACGAGAGUGGAUGUAUAUAGCGCCUUGUUGUAUUGUGUGUAGUCUGUUUUGAUGGUGGAAUAUGAGUGGAUUGUAUGGACAAAGUUCGUAUUUAUCAAUAAAUUAUAUUAUGGAA